AUGGGUGCCGUAGUAUCUUGCGUCCAAUCCAUCUUCCGCACCAUCGGCAACGUGAUCAUGGCCAUCAUCUCCGGCGUCGGCAACAUCCUGCACGCCAUCAUCACCGGCAUCGUCUCCUUCUUCGGCAUCCUCGUCUCCUUCCUCACCUGCGGCUACUGCGGCGGCCGCUCCCGCGGCACCACUGGCCACUCCACCACCGGCAGACGGCGCUGGGGCCGACGCAGCCACGCCACCACUACCAGCCGCAUCUAA